AUGGGUUGGAUUCCUUGGUCUUCCGGCGACUCGAGCAAAACCACAGCCUCGGACGGCGGCCGCAUUGCACCGGACCGAACGAGUCGCGCGCGCUGCUGGGAAGGCCGCGAUCUGUUCUUCGCCUGCUUGGACAAGAACGAUAUUCUGGACGGGAUCAAAGAGGACGGCAAGGCACGAAAGAAGUGCGCUAAGGAGGUCGCGGAGUUCGAGGAGGCCUGUUCAAAAAGCUGGGUGAAAUACUUCAAGGAAAAGCGAGUGAUGGAAUACAACCGGGAUAAGACGAUUGAGCGGAUUCAGAAGGAGGAUGCGGCCAAGGUCAAGGAAUUGAAGUCGCAAGGAUGGACUAAAUGA